AUGCAAAAAUACUUUUGGCUGAUUACGACAUUUGCGUAUGUGUGCAAUUUAACAGUAAACCUUUGGCUCAUUAUUCAGAUGAGUUUAACAGCGGAUUCUCCAGUACAUUCGUCAAGCAGUGAUGACUUUGCAGCGAUUUUAGAUGCAGAAUUGGAUUCUGCUUCUGAUGCAUCACCUGAUCCUGAAGAGGUAGAAGAGAAAGAAGAGGAGAUUGUUGGUGACAACGACGAUGACAACAAUUCAGAUCAUCAGAGAAUUAAGAGGCGCAAGGUGGAGGUAUACGAAGAAAUGGUAGAUUCGCAGAGUCCCAAAUGUCAAGGAGAGGCACCGCAAACUUUAGGAUCAUCUCCAAAAAAGGAUGUGUGUACACAUCCUGGUAUCAUUGGAGGGAUGUGCAUACGUUGUGGACAGAUAAUUGAUGAUGAGUCUGGUGUGAGCCGUGUGGCAUUUGGGUACAUACACAAGAAUUUGAGGCUUGCUAAUGAUGAGAUUGCUAGAUUACGUGACAAAGACUUCAAGAACUUUCUACGCCAUAGGAAGCUAUACUUGGUUCUUGAUCUAGAUCAUACUCUGCUUAAUUCCACCCGGCUUGCAGAUAUAACUAUUGAAGAAAGAUACUUAGAGGACCAAAGAGACACACUGCCCGAUACACUAAAGAGCAGCCUGUUUAGACUGGAAUCGAUUCACAUGAUGACAAAAUUGAGGCCUUUUGUAAACACCUUUCUGAAGGAAGCUAGUAAUUUGUUUGAGAUGUACAUAUACACAAUGGGAGAACGUGCCUAUGCAUUGGAAAUGGCAAAGCUGCUGGACCCUGGGGGCGUUUACUUCCAUUCCAGAGUUAUAGCGCAAGGGGAUUGUACGCAGAAAUAUCAAAAGGGCCUAGAUGUUGUUUUGGGACAAGAAAGUGCUGUCUUGAUCCUUGACGAUACAGAAGCGGUAUGGGGAAAGCAUAAGGAGAAUCUAAUAUUAAUGGAAAGAUACCAUUUCUUUGCUUCAAGUUGUCGACAAUUUGGCUUCAAUUGCACAUCGCUUUCCGAACUAAGAAGUGAUGAAAGUGAGACAGAGGGAGCACUUGCUACCGUUCUUAAAAUUCUGCAGCAGAUCCACAGUUUGUUCUUUGACCCGGAACACGUGGACGAUCUAGAGCACCAAGAUGUGAGGCAGGUGCUAAAAUCUGUUCGCAAAGAAAUUUUAAAGGGUUGCAAGAUACGGGUCGAGUAG